AUGGAGGAGUCCGGUGACUUGUAUGACGUGCGUGAGACCAAUGACCCCUCUUCUUGGGAGGACCAGCACCCCCAGUGUCUGCAAGACGUGGCAAAAGUGGAGAGCCUCAGGAGGAAGAUCAAGUACUACUUCAUGAACCCCUGUGAGAAAUACCACGCUCGUGGACGUAAACCAUGGAAACUCAUACUGCAGAUCAUCAAAAUCGCCAUUAUUACCAUCCAGCUGGUUUUAUUUGGGCUAAGCAACCAGAUGGUUGUCACUUUCAAGGAUGAAAAUCUGAUGACGUUCAAGCACCUCUUCUUGAAAGAUUAUGUGGACGGAGGCAUAGCUCCGUAUGCUCUUUACAGACAGGCGGAUGUUUAUGAUCACAUUGAGUACGUCAUUCAACAGUAUCGGCUUCUGCACAACAUCACAUUAGGCAAUCAUGAAUAUGAGAAAAAGCACAGUGUCUACACCCCACUGUUACUGUGUCAGGAGUUCUACAGGAACGGGACCAUCUACCCUUCAAAUGAGACCUUUGAAAUUGAUGCUCAUGUGGACACCGAGUGCCUCAGAGUUUAUCCCCAGCCAGUACACGAAGCGCUUCCACAUUUUAAAUUGGAUUUCAUAAGGUUAAUAUCUGUCAAGAUUACAUUUGUUCUCAAGGCAAUAAAUUUGCAGACAGUGAGACAUCGAGAGCUGCCAGAUUGCUACGACUUCACUCUUAUCAUCACUUUCAACAACCAAGCUCACAGUGGCCAGAUAAAGGUUGAUUUGGAAAACGAAGUAGACAUCAAUGAAUGCAGGGAAUGGAAAGUAACUGGAGCAUAUGGUAGAAGCAUAUACCUGACUGUGCUGUUUGACUGCCUCAUCAUUAUAAUGUGCAUCAUCUCCUUCGCCCUGUGCACGCGCUCGGUGAUCACUGGGAUUCAGCUGCAGCUCGAGUACAGCCAUUACUGCAGGAAACACUUCGGCAAAGAGCUGUCGUGGUCUGACAAGUUAGAGUUUGUGAGCGGCUGGUAUAUACUGAUUAUCGUCAGCGACACACUGACCAUCAUUGGUUCCCUUCUCAAGAUAGAGAUCCAAACAAAGGUCCUCACCAGCUAUGAUGUGUGCAGCAUCUUCCUCGGCACAGGCACCAUGUUCGUCUGGAUGGGGGUGAUCCGUUAUAUGGGAUACUUCAAGAAGUAUAAUAUCCUCAUCCUGACACUCCGGGCAGCUUUCCCAAAUGUUAUUCGUUUUAUCUGCUGCGCGGGAAUCAUCUACCUGAGUUACUGUUUUUGUGGCUGGAUUGUCUUAGGCCCGUAUCAUGAGAAGUUCCGGACGUUGAACACUGUGUCAGAGUGUCUGUUCUCACUGAUCAAUGGAGACGACAUGUUUCCCACUUUUAAGAACAUGAAGCAGAAGAACAGCCUGGUGUGGAUGUUCAGCAGGGUCUACCUCUACACCUUCGUGUCACUCUUUAUCUACAUGAUCCUCAGCCUUUUCAUCACACUCAUCACUGACACCUAUGACACCAUCAAGCAACAGCAGCAGAGUGGAACCCCAACAUCAGAGCUGCAGAAAUUCUUGUCAGAAUGUAAAGACCUGCCAAACUCUGGGGCAUACAGACUUGACAAGAACAACCGCUGUUUCCUAAACUGCUUCAUCAACAGAUGCAGGAAGUAUCGAACUCAAGAGAGGCUGACUUCAGAGGCGUGA